CUGAUUUCGUCUGGAGGGCCCCCAGGCGCCGAAUCUCGUCAAAUAACCCCCGUCGUGAAUCCCCGACCUUCGGUGCCUCGGCCCGCCAGGGCCCGGGGCAUGGCGGGCCCCGCCCCAGCGGUGGCGGCGGGCGACGCGGGCGGCGAGGAGGAGGACGGGCCCGGCGGCGCGGAUGACAGCCGCCCCGAGGCCUCGAGCGCUGGUCCGCAGCGCCUAAGCUGGGGCAGCGGGCUCGUGGCCGCGUACCCCUUCACGCCGGACUUUCAGCUCGAGUUCCAGGGCUCCCGCAUAGAGGCCAUCCAGCACCUGUGCCCAGGCCACCCGGGAGGCACCCGGGCCGUGGCCGUCUUCUUCCCCGGGGUCCACGGCGGCGUCGGCCCGUGCAGGACCCCGGGGCGGAACUACUGCCCCGACGCCCUCUUCCCGACGGUUUGCCGGAGGCUCGUGGAGCUGCCCGGCGCGGAUGUAGACUGCUACCGCGUCUCGUGGCCGUUCAUGCGCCCGCGGGUGGCGUAUGCCGUCGGGGGCGCGUGCCGCAUUCUGCACCACGCGCUGCUGCAGGCGAUGCGGGGCACCCCGCCCUCGGCGCCGUGCCGCGAGGUGCGCGUGGUCUUCGUGGGGCACUCGCUGGGCGGGGCGGUGGCGCUGCAGGCGGCCGAGGUGGUCGCAAGGCACUUCGGUGCCGACGGCGAGGGUGGGCAGCAGAUGGAGGGCCUGGAGAUCGCGGGCCGUGGUGCGCAUGGCAGGCG